AUGAGAAGCACAUUGCGGCCCAUCUUGGCUCGUUUGGGCAAUUCCCGAGCCGGCAAGAUGAAAGCUGUCCGGCUAUGCAUUCCACGGCAAUAUAUGACCUCUUGCACUUCACCGGAGCAGUUUUCAAUAUCUGAUGUUGGUCGACUCUACAAGAUUCCCCGUGAAGAGGUUGAGGCGUUGAGCUACAAGCGGCUGCUUCCCUCUACUCUUUGUAAACAGUACGAUACACUUGAGGAACUAGUGACUAUGAUCAGAGAGCCAUUGAUAGAGGUAUCCGUAUGCAUGAAUGCGGUGCGACCAUCGUUUCCUGCUCUUCGCCUAGUUUUGUGGGGCCCCUUUGGUACUGGUAAAUCAGUGACUUUAAAUCAAGCGGUUCAUCUCGCCUAUACUAAAAACAUGGUCAUCAUUCAUCUGAGAAGUGCUAUGGACCUGACGCGGCAGGUGAAAGAGGUUGAGAUGUCUACGUACAAGCCAGGACGUAUUAAUGAUCCUGUCAGAUCUGUUGCUAUUCUUCAGACAUAA